AUGCAAGACGAGCCCCUAGACGUCGCCAUCGUCGGCGGCGGCAUCGCCGGCCUGACGCUAGCCCGGGGUCUGCUCACCCGUAACGUCACCGUCCGAGUCUACGAGCGCGCACACAGUCUCCGUGAGAUCGGCGCGGGCAUCGGCUUCACGCCAAACGCUGAGCGGGCGAUGAAGGCCGUCGAUCCGCUCAUCCACGCCGCGUUCAAAAAGGUCGCAACCCGUAACACGUCGGACUGGUUCCAAUGGGUAGAUGGAUACCACGAGGCAGGGGGCGAUCCUCGCCAGACCGAGGAAAAGUUGCUCUUCAAGCUGUAUCUUGGCGAGAGGGGGUUUGAAGGCUGUGCUCGCGCUGACUUUCUCGAUGAACUGGUCAAAUCGAUCCCCGCUGCUACGGUCGAGUUUCAGAAGUCGCUGGAUAAAAUUGUCGACUGGGGUGACGGGGAAAAGUUGCUUCUGACAUUCCACGAUGGGACGGAGGCGCAGGCGGAUGCAGUGAUCGGCUGCGAUGGCAUCCGCUCUCGAGUCCGCCAGCUGGUACUGGGCGAAGAAAAUCCAGCCUCAUAUCCUCAUUACAGCCAUAAAUACGCCGCCCGCGGCCUGAUUCCUAUGGACAAAGCCAAAGCGGCGCUGGGAGACUACAAGUCCUCGACGCGAUUCAUGCAUCUCGGUCCGGACGCCCACGCUCUGACGUUUCCCGUGGCGAUGGGCUCUCUUCUAAACGUUGUCGCCUUUGUCAGUGAUCCAGAAGAGUGGCCCUAUUCGGACAGGAUGACUGCCAGCGCAACCAAAACGGAAGUCGCCGCGGCGUUUAACACAUUUGGGCCUACGGUCCGGACGAUCAUCGACCUUCUUCCCGAUCAGAUCGACAAGUGGGCCGUCUUCGAUACCUACGAUCAUCCUGUGACGACAUUUGCGUACGACCGAAUAUGCCUCUCGGGCGACGCCGCGCACGCUGCGGCGCCACAUCAUGGCGCUGGCGCGGGCUUCUGCAUUGAGGACGCUGCCGUUUUAUGUAGUUUGAUGGUGACUGCCUCGUCGACGAUUCGCGAGUCGAGAAGCAGCAAGGCCGAGAUUAUCCGUGCUGCCUUCGCCACCUACGAUGCCGUUCGCCGUGAGCGCGCACAGUGGCUCGUGGACAGCAGCCGCCGCAUCGGGGAGCUGUAUGAAUGGCAGGAUCCGCAGGCUGGCCGCGAUACCGACAAGUGUCGCCAUGAGGCCGAUUGGCGCGCGCAUACCAUCUGGGAUUAUGACAUCGACGCGAUGUUAAAUGGGACGAGCGAGGAGUAUUCGCGGAGACUGAAGGCGUUGGUCAAGAAUUGA